GAGAGAGAGAGAGAGAGAGAGAGAGAGAGAGAGAGAGAGAGAGAGAUGGACAUGGACGCGGACGCGGAACCGGACGCGCGCGAGCGUGACACCGCAGUGGUACCGGGUCCGGCCCAGCGCGCGUGCAAGCUUGCCGGCUUGUCCCGAUGGGUCCGGCUCAACGUGGGGGGCACUUACUUUCUCACAACCACGCAAACUCUGUGCCGCGAGCCCAAGUCUUUCCUGUACCGACUGUGCCAAGAAGAUCCUGAGCUCCGAUCUGACAAGGAUGAUGUGGGUGCAUAUUUGAUCGACAGAGAUCCAGUGUACUUUGGGCCCGUCCUGAACUACCUGAGACACGGCAAACUGGUCCUCAACAAAAAUCUGACAGAGGAAGGAGCUCUUGAAGAGGCGGAGUUCUACAACAUCGCAUCGUUAAUUAAAGUCAUCAAGGACAGGAUCAGGGAGCGAGAUGCCAAAACCCUACACACUCCAGUGAAGCAUGUGUACAGGGUGUUGCAGUGUCAGGAGGAAGAACUCACUCAGAUGGUGUCCACCAUGUCAGAUGGAUGGAAGUUUGAGCAGCUGGUAAGCAUCGGCUCAUCCUAUAACUAUGGCAGCAAAGACCAAGCCGAGUUCCUCUGCGUUGUUUCCAAGGAACUUCAAAAACAGUCAUCCGGUAACAACAGCCAGCCGAGUGAGAAAGCCAAGAUACUCCAGGAGCGAGGCUCACGGAUAUGAGGCUCUAAGAUAAAAACGUCUGCAUCUUGAAACACAUACAAGUUUUAGUUUCGGAAACAUUUUCUCAGACGAAAAACGCCACCUGAUCAAGCCUGUAAAUGACUCUGUAAAUGCGUCUCGAUGACCUUAACGUGUUUAUUUUGGGAUCGUUUUAUCGUUCGGUGUUAGUUUUAUUAGAGCCGUAGAACUUAUCGCUCCUGAACAUUUCCGUCGAUAGAUCGUGAGUUGAUUUUAGUGCCUGGAACCUUAACUACCUUAACGCUGCGACUAAAAAGACCCUCCACUUUGAGAUCCACUGAAUUAAGAGCAAGACUUUAAACAUCUUAGUCUGGUCAUGUUGAAGUGAAAAUGUCUGUGACUUGAAGACUUCCCUCGUCGCUUAGAUUUAGUUCGGAGAUGUUGCAAUUUCGUUAAAUUAGCAAGCUGUUCGGGGCACUUUGUAAAAGGAUGCCGUAGCACUGGACAAGACCUUUGAAGCACAAUGUUUAAUGAGUAUUUUGUGUACUUAUCUCAACGGGCUGAGGCGGGUUGGGUGUCCACUGUCUGUCUCGCUGUAAACCUUCUCCAUGAAAAUUCACGUAGACUUGUCGGGGGGGAAAUGAACAAAAAUGUACUGCGUAGCUAAACACUGUGGCCCUGCGGUGUUCUGUAAGAGAAUGUGGCAUGAUAGGAAUCUCAGGGAACAAGCGAACGAUCAUGCAGUCGAUUUGAACAGAAUUUUUGUGGCUGCGGAAUUUUAUUAUUGACCAACACGGUCAUGACUUCUCAGAGCUUUCCCAAGUCUUGGCAGAGUUACGGUUACCACUGCUUUCGGAAAAGUUUCGCAUUUUCCAAUAGUCGCAUAGAUCCACAGCACUUUAUUCCCCUUGCACCACUAGCAUUUUUUUAAAUGGACUUAAAGAAGAAUGAAUAAAGAAUAAUGUUGUUUAAUGCUGUAAUUUACAUCACAGCAGCUAUAAUCAGCAGUCGUUCGCUGACCAGUCUCGAGCAUCCCUGUCUAUUGAUUUUAAUAAGACAAAUAAAUCUAGCUAGUCACGUUAGCGAGAGACAACGCAAAGCUGCUGUCCAGAAGAUAAACUAAAAGGACCAGCUUUUACCUCUGAAGUUUAGAACUCUCUGACGCUGGAGACGCCUUCCAUAGCUGUUUAAAAAACUCCCUUAGAAAAGGAAAAAGAUUGUAUGUUUUUAUACGAGCGUUAGAGCGUUAGUCGACUCACACAAAGUUAGUGGUGUUAGUCGACACUGAAGAUGCCAGCGCUUAUAGUGAUCAAAAAAGAAACAAUAAACUGCAAAGUAUCUCUAGCUAUCUGUCUGUAGGUCUCUAUUAAACACUAUUGAUUAAACAGAACCUAAGCCUGUAUAUACAUGAGUCUGGGGAAGGUUUAUUUUACACAUGAUAAAUGGUGCACUUCAGGGUCUGCCGGGUCUCGUGUGUAAAUCAGACGAUACAACAUAUUUAUACGCUUAAACUCUUUUAUAUUUGAACUCCUGCUCCUUUACUCGUCACUUCAGGCAGUACAGUUACGCUAAUAAACGCAUUUUAACAGA